CAGUCAGUCAGUCAGUAAAGCAGAAGGUGUCCGGACAGUCAUGAUGCGCUCGCGGGAUUUAUCCACGGAUUUAAUGUGAAUUAUCGAUAAAUGGGGUCUGUGAGAUGGAAAACACAUCAGCAGUGGCUGAUUAUAUUCUGGAUUUUAUCGUUUUCAGGUGUGUUUGGCUUCAGUGAGUUAUGGUUCUCCAUCGAGCCUCAGGAUGUGAGUGUAUCUGCGGGUCAGCAUGUUGUUCUGGACUGUCAGGCCGGAGGCGAGUCUCCCGUAAGCGUACGUUGGCGGAAAAACGGCGUCCAGAUCCAAGAGAGCGAGUGUGUGCGCUUGCUGUCCAACGGCUCGCUCUGUGUGUCCAAUUUGACCCAGCAGAGAGAUGAGGGUUACUACCAAUGCAUCGCUAACAACCAAUACGGAGCCAUCAUCAGCCACAGAGCCCGGCUUACAAUCACAGGAUCACUGUUUUGCCAAAUGGAGUCCUGCAGAUUCGCAAUGUGACAAUGAGGGAUGCGGGGAAAUAUCGCUGCGUCGCUGCAAACGCAGCCAGUCGAGUGACGAGCCGAGAGGCCGAGCUGGUCCUCAUCCCAGCGGGGGGUCCGAGGCGUCUCCUGAAACCGCUCAUCAUUGCAGGCCCCCAAAAUAUCAGCGUGGCUCUGCAUCAGCCGGUGGUUCUGGAGUGUUUGGCUGAAGGAAACCCUCGGCCGCUCGUGUCCUGGAGCCGUGCCGACUCUAAACCAAUUGACGUUUCUGCAGCAAGUGUUCUGGGAAACGGUAACCUGAUGAUCUCUGCUGUUAAAGCGCACCAUAGUGGGACGUAUGUGUGCCGUGCAACGACACCGGGAACACGAAACUACACCACGGCGGCCGGAAACGUCACCGUACUCCUUCCUCCAUCUUUGGUGGAGAAACCAGAGAGUCAGACUCGACCCCGAGCCGGGACGGCCCGUUUUAGCUGUCAGGCUGAAGGUACACCAACACCCCAAAUCACCUGGUUUAAGAACGGAGAGGUGAUCCGAACCAACGGGCGCACAAAGAUGUACAACAAUAAACUAGUGAUAACCCAGAUCAUUCCGGAGGACGACGCCUUUUACCAGUGCCUGGCUGAAAACUCACAGGGCUCAGUUGUGUCCACAUCCCGUCUCAUCGUGGUACAGUCGGAGAACCGUCCCAGCGCUCCACGCAACAUCCACGCAGAAACUAUCUCAAGCUCAGCCAUCUUACUGGCGUGGGAAAGACCGCAAUAUAAUGCCGAUAAAGUCAUCGCCUACUCCAUACACUACAUGAAGUCUGAGGGUCUAAACAAUGAAGAGUAUCAGGCUGUGAUCGGGAAUGAUACAACCAGCCACAUUGUGGACGAUCUGGAGCCAGCGCGAAACUACACCUUUUAUAUCGUGGCCUACAUGGCGAUGGGUGCCAGUCGCAUGUCAGAGCAGGUCACAAGGCACACACUAGAGGAUGUUCCCCUCCGCACUCCUGAGUUGAGCCUAACAAGUCGCAGCCCUACUGAUAUCCUGGUGUCCUGGCAGCCUCUUCCUCCAAAACUCAGCCGUGGACGUGUGUCUGCGUAUCGUCUGUCCUACCGUACAGCUACAGAUGAGCAGGUAAACUCAGUUGAGCUGCCUGUCUCAGGUGAGAACGGCACCCAGUACCUCCUGCAAGAUCUGCAACCUGACACCAUUUAUCUGAUCCGGAUGUCUGUGUCAACCCGAGUGGGCUGGAGCCAACCAUCUGCCUGGAGCUCUCAUCGAACUCCCAAAACAUCCAGCGCCACAGUGCCUCCUGCCCCAAACCUUGAGCUUGAACCUCUAAACUGCACCUCUGUGUCGGUCCGCUGGUUUCCGGCUGCCAGUGAUGUUCUCAUUCAAGGAUUCAAGCUGUCUUUUCAUCCCGACGGCCAAUCAGAGGACUCCAUUACCCAGCUGCCCCCACAGGACCACCAGCACACCAUCACAGCGCUCAACCCUAGAGUGAAGUACCAUGUGAAAGUGUUAGCGUUCAGUGCUAAUGGAGACGGAUAUCAGGCCCAUCAAACGGUCAACACUCCUGGAUGUCCAUCUACACCAAACCGCCGAUUAGCUGCUCUUCCGCCUCCAGACCACACCCAUGCUAAAGCUAACAGCUCGUCUGCGGUGCAUCUGAGUUGGGGUCGUCCUGCGUUCAGCUCUGGAAAACCGGUCACUUUCUCCGUCCGCUACGGGCCCGCGAGUCCGUCUGAAGCCUCCAGCGUACGCUACAUCCAGACCUCUGAGCAAACCGUGAUGGUAACAGGUCUCCAGCCGAACACACGCUACGAGUUUGCUGUGCGUCUGCAUAUGGAUCAGAUGUCCAGUCCUUGGAGCGCCACUGUGUAUCAGAGAACUCUACUGGAAGCCCCGAUGUCUCCGCCGGAGUCUGUGAAAGUGACUCUCAUCGAGGCUGACACGGCGCUGGUGUGCUGGAAGCAGCCGAAUCAGCCAAAUCUGUCUGUUACACACUACACCGUCCUGUACGCAUCUCAGAGCUCGUGGCUCGCUGGAGAAUGGCAGGUCCUGCAGAGAGAAGGUACAAACACAAUGGCUCUCCUGGAGAAGCUGGAGUCAGGUAAUGUUUACCUGGUGAAGAUCUCAGCGUCUAACCUGGCGGGUGACGGUCCGUUCUCCAACACGGUCGAGCUGGCGGUCAAGGGUAAACCUCACCACGGUAAAAACCCUCGUCAUGCUGACAGCCAUGCUGAGAAAACAGCGUUUAUCGAUGGUUUGUAUCACAUCGAUGAGAAGUCGAUGAGCGGAAUCAUUGUUGGUGUUUGCAUUGCUCUGUCCUGCAUCAUCCUCUGCAUCUUCAUCCUCCUCUCCAAAACUCAAACACAGAAAUCAGCUUCCUCAAAGAUGAUUGGUUCAAUGAGAAAUGAGGUCAUGCAUAAUGAGGCCUCGUCAGCCAAUCAGCAGCCAGCGGAGAAUGCAGAGGUGCUUCUGCCGAUGAUGAGGAAUCACUUUAUUGAUGCCAAAGGAGGAUCAAAUUUGCUAAUAAACCAUGCUGGACCCAUCAAUUGUGGUUCUCAAACCAAGCGGAAGAGGUGGAGCAUCUUCAAUCAUUCCCAGAGGUCUAAUGAGAGUAAAAAUGAGACUGAGGAUCCUGCAUGUCUGUACGAAGUGGGGAAAACGGUUCUGUGUUACGAGGACGAGGCGGCAAAGGCGUCGCUGCACAUCCUCUAUCGGCCACUGGGGGAGUCGGAGAGUUCGCAAACCAGCGGCGGAGACUCCGGAAACUACUCUCAGGAUGAGACGGAAACCAGCAGCUCAAAAAAACCGACAUACCGACCAGAUGACGAAACGAACGAAACCGCAUCCUCUGUGUGCGUUGUUAACGUUUUAGAGGAAAUGCAAAACAAAUCUACCUCCAACCUUCAGUUUGUGCAGAUUCCCAUUUAAAUCUACUGUGUUUGUCACGCGAGUGGGCGUGGCAUGUGAUACAAAUGAGCGUGGCCUAUGGCAACAGUGGGUGUGGUGUGCGCUACAAGUGGGCAUGGUCCACAACAACAAUAGGUGCACUGAAAAAAAAUCGUUCAUUGGAUUUACUGAAUUGUUUUAGGUAAAUAGUGGCAAACAAUUUAUAUGGGCUCUAAUUUAAACAUUACAAAGUUUAAUUUGUUUAGAUUAAGCCCUUAUAAAUUGUUCGCGGCCACUUAUCUUAAAAUAGUAAAUCCAAUCAGUUAUUUUUUUUCAGUGUGUGGCCUGUGAUACUGGUGGGUGUGGCCUAUGAGUCGAAUGGGCGUGGCCAAUUAUUCCAAAGCCUAUAAAUACGAUUGCACCGUUUCCUCAGGAUGCAAUCGCUCCUGGAUAUUUGUGCCAAAAACAAAUUUCUUUAAAUAGCUUUACGAAGUCGCGGAUUAUCCUUCCGCCGACUUUGACGAACUUGCACAACUUUUCUCUUCGCGGAGAGAUUCCCAAAGAUGAAGCGUUUCUGAUGAAUGUGUUUUUCCUGCUUAUGAAUGUGUUGACGAACGCCUGACGUGCUUUACGCUAAUGGACGAGUGUUUUCUGUUUGUUUCUUAAAGCGACAGAGACGUUUGCUCUGCUGUCUCUCUACCUCAUUAUUCUGAUCACACUCGUUCUCAGACUAUAAUGUGCAACACUGGCUAAUAUUAGUUAAUGCAUUAAUUAACAAUGAUCAAUAUGUCUGUACGCUUUUUUAAAGAGUAAUUAAUAGAAAUGCAAACGUUUAUUGGUAGUUUGCAUCAGAUCAGGGAUUAAAUAUGAUUCACAGAUACAAGAUGGCAUCUAAGUAAUGUAUUAAUAAAUGUUGAAAUUAAUAAUAAGGAAAAAAUAAUGAUGGAAAAAAUUGUCUUGAAAAAUUUUGAAAUAAUUUGGC